AUGCCAUUCAUACAGACAAACAUUGUUCCUUACAAGAUACAGGCAAACACCAGCCACCCUUCACACAGCACACUUACAGAGGCAAACACCAGCCACCCUUCACAUGGCACACUCACAGAGGCAAACACCAGCCACCCUUCACACGGCACACUCACAGAGGCAAACACCAGCCACCCUUCACAUGGCACACUUACAGAGGCAAACACCAGCCACCCUUCACAUGGCACACUCACAGAGGAAAACACCAGCCACCCUUCACAUGGCACACUCACAGAGGCAAACACCAGCCACCCUUCACACGGCACACUCACAGAGGCAAACACCAGCCACCCUUCACAUGGCACACUCACAGAGGCAAACACCAGCCACCCUUCACAUGGCACACUCACAGAGGCAAACACCAGCCACCCUUCACAUGGCACACUUACAGAGGCAAACACCAGCCACCCUUCACAUGGCACACUCACAGAGGCAAACACCAGCCACCCUUCACAUGGCACACUCACAGAGGCAAACACCAGCCACUCUCACACAGCACACUUGCAAAGGCAAACAUCAUCAUUUUCAUAUUCACAGUUACAUUUCUGA